AUGGAACCCGGCCCUCGACGAAGUAGCCGGGUCCCCAAGAAUUACAAUACCCCUGUUCAAGAGGAAAGUAUAGACGAUGAAGACGUUGCGCCUCAAAGAAAGCGUCAAAAGGGGGCAGCAAGUCACAAACCGGCUGAGACAAAGUUAUCCAAAGCAAAACCAACAGUCGUGAGGAGAGUUCCUGGAUACUUUAUGAUAUUCUUUGCAAGCUCAAAUUUUGAACUGGUACAGAUCAUGAGCUUCUUGCUUCCCAUGGACAUUUUGAACCUCGCUCGGACGACCAAGAGCUUCCGACAGCUUCUCAUGCACAAGUCAUCCGCAUCCAUCUGGAAGAAUGCACGUCAGCAGCUUGAGGGUUUACCAGACUGUCCAUCCGAUCUUUCAGAGCCUCAGUUUGUAAAUCUCGCUUUCGACCCUCAUUGCCACGAGUGCGGAAAAAUAGGUCGUCUGAAGUCUUACCGUGCUCUAAAGUUUACAGUCACGGUCGAUCAAAAUUCAUCUUAUUUUAGUCUGAAAGAUAGAUCUGUGGUUCACAAACGAUCGGUUUUUAACGAUUGGAAUAAUAAAAUGCCUACAUUAUUAGUGAAUCCCGAUGAGGCACUUGCUUAUCUCGACCAGCUGCGACGCACCAAAGCCAAAAUCGAGAAGAGGCGAUUAGUUCUUCGCGAAGAUGCGAGCGUCGCGAUGCAGGAAGAGCAAGAAUGGACGCGUUAUAUCAAAGCCUGGAUGAAAGAACAUGGCUGGGAGAAAGAGCUAGACUAUUUCACUUGGGAUCAAAUUACCCGCCUCUCGUUGAUAAAGGAACAGAAGCUGCUGACAGAACGUAUUUGGAAUAAGAUCCGCCUUUCACUGAUUAAUUGGAUGAACAAGCUCAGGGACAUUCGACUUGAGGAAACGGUAUUCAAAGCUCGUCGCGAAUGCUUAAUUAGCGCGUAUUGCGAAUAUCUCAAGCAACCACCCAAUGCCAACGACACAUGCGAUAUUUUACCUCAUGUGGGUGACAUAGCUACCUUCAAAUCGUUUGAAGAUCUUAUUAAGGCUCCGGUAGAUGUCGAUGUCAAUGCGCAGAGCUUCUCAGAUGCAUUUGUUCAAUUACCAGCAUACGUGACGGAGUGGCGAAGGAAGAUUGAAGGACAGUUGGUUUCCUGUCUACUCCCCGAAGGCACCUCACCUAUGUCCAAAACAGCCAUUGAUCAUCACUCUCCCAAGAUUGCGUGUUUAAACCUUGCAAGAGUGGCAUUUUGUCGGCCAUUUACUGAAAACGAUGUCUCAGUAACGUUUUACCCCGAUGUGUUAUUGAAGAGAUGUUUCAUAGAGCCAUAUACGCUUCGUCACAUGUCAGAUUGGGACAAAUGGCAGGAUCCCAAAAUAAUUGAAAUUAAGACAAUGAAUGGCUGCCCUUGGUCACUGGAGGAUUCGAAGGGAAGAAAUGUAAUCGAAGUAUCCGACGCAGCUAUACCAAUUAUUCGUGCCAGUGGAUUGGACCCUGAUAUCGCCACCACGUCCGAUAUGGAUGAUUUGGAUGCGAGAUUUCGUUGUGGAUCCUGCAGUUCGGCGAUGGGGGUGAUACCAUACACAUGGCGCUCAGCAGUGGCGCACGCGGUUAGCUACCACGAUAGGCUCGGAAGGCGUGUGGGAAAGGCAUCGUGGACCGUCCUCAAUGGCGAAGAUCGCAAUGAAAACCUACGGAAAACCAAAUCGCCCCCUUUUUUCAACAGGACAAGUGUCGAUAACCGGGAUUGGAGAAAUGGUGUGUUGUUGCAUCUUCUUCACGAGCAUAAGAUCCCGGUGGAUAAGGUGCAGGAGGAUGUUCAUAUGAGAGGACCGUUUUGA